ACCAAACGCAUACAAUCACAAUCAAAUCCUUCUGUUGGAGAACCGGAAUCCAGUCUUCCUGUCGCUCCUCUUGCUAUCGAGCGUGCUGCACAUGCCAGCCCUUCCGUUUCUCCGACGCACCUCUUAUCUAGCCAUUCUCUUGCUCCUCCCGAGGUGGUCACGGCUGCGGUGCUUACUGCUCAGUCGGAGGGUUCCGGCGAGGGUGCCCGGCUGAAUGAGGAUGCGGCAGCAAUUUAUCGUGCUAAAAUGAUUGAACAGAGGCGUUUGGCGAGAGAGCGGAAAGAGGAGGAACAGAGGUAG